AUGCCUCUCAUAGAUUUCACGAAUCCGGACGUUAUUAAAUUCCUCGUCGAAAACUACGAGAAGACCGCUCGGUUGCGGAUGAAAUGGAACAGCUUGUACGGAGACAAACUGCAGGAGGCGGCCACUUUACACAGAGAAGAGAAGGGUUACACCACGUAUGACGUGUUCAAACAAAACAUGAUUGAUGGCAUGGCAGCCAUCAGCAGAGACCACGUCACAGCCGGUCACAACAGAAGAAAAGUACCACUCCGAGACGGAAAACACAUACCAGGAGUCGCAGACAUGAAAAAAGGCCAUUCUAUAGUCGACGUGGGACUAGGAGACCCUGAAGAAGACCCCAGGCUCGCCCGACCAGACACCGACACUACUUUAGACCCAAUCAUGCGUGUAGUUGAUCCUAAUCAAAAAAAAAUAAUCUACAAAGACAUCCCGUUUUACGGUCGGAAAGUUUAUCUGAAAAAUAGGUCAAGAAUGAAGCCAGAACAGAAGUACUACUUUCGAGAAUGUUCUGGAUGGGACUGCGGCUGGAGACUGCAGGAUAGCUUCUUCUCGAGGAACGCUCCGAGUCACGGGCGCGUGUGGAGGCUAUCCCGAGAUGUUAAGAGUCGAACUGGACCGCAUCCUGACCCGGCCUACUAUAACGACCCAGAAAUAGCUACUGUCAAUAAGUGCCCUAAAUAA